UUCACGUGGUUUCCACAUGUUUCCUCCCAAAUUUCGUUUGGAAAAUGUGUUCGAGUUGCACGUUUUAAAUUUAUUAUCAAUAAUGAAUACGUUAGAAUUGUACUGUAUCAACACUGAAUAUGUUACAAUUAGAUAAGAUAAGGUAUUCUUAAUGUCGAUAUUGAUUAAUUAAAACGAUUCCAAAGUUAAGAAGUAAAUUUAGAUAACUUCAGAUGUAGGAAACUGUAGAUCUAUUUUAAAUUGCAUGUAUUAAGUAGAAAAAUUUGUUAAUUUUAAGUAUAAAAAAAUGCUAUCUGAUCUCCAGUUUGCUUCUCGAAGAAGUCCAGUUUUGGCAACUCGAGCCUGCGUGUCCACUGAUGUUCCUAUUGUUUCCAAAAUUGGGAUUGAUAUUCUACAAGCUGGAGGAAAUGCGGCUGAUUCGGCCAUUGCCAUGGCAGCAGCUACGGCUGUUGUCGAACCAAAUUUUACUGGAUUGGGUGGAGAUUGCUUUGCUUUAUUUUACAGAUCUUCAGAUAAAAAAGUUUUGGGAAUAAAUGGAAAGUGA